AUGGUUGAGUUAACCACGGAUCAAAAAUCUGGCUCUAGUAAAGGAUUUUCAUGUUACCUUUUACCUAAAUAUUUAAAUUUCAGAGUAGAAUUAACAACGAAGAAGAAGUCCGUUUUAAGCACUAAGACUAAUUCCAAAGAAAAGAUUAAGACCAGAAAGACGUUACCACGACCUAAUAAAAAGAGUUUUGUUGAUGAAGAUGAUGAUGAAGACUAUGAGCCGCCACAAUGGGAAUCCGAAACCCACUCUAAUAAAAGAAGAAUUAUUUUAAGAUAUCCUAUUGCAGAAAUGGAUCCGCCAAUACUUGUUGCCUUAACAACAUCAGUUCCGCCUAUAUUAAAGCGGAAAAAAAGCAAUUAUACAGAAGAUGAAAAAGAGAAAGCAUGUGAAUAUGGCAAUGAACAGUUUCCAUAUCCUGAAGUCCCUCAGAUCAACAAAACAAGUCGAAGGGUCGUCGACUAUAAAUGCGAGGAGCUAAUGUGGUAUGUGAAGUAUAGAAUACACGAUGAUAAAGUAAACAAAGAAAUAUGUUUUGCAGAUGAGGAUAUCUCAGGAAUUGUUGGCGGUAAAAACAGUAGCUUUGGAGACUUUCCACAUAUGGGCGCUCUAGGUUGGCUGACAAUUGACAAUAAUUAUGUAUAUUUCUGUGGAACAUCGUUGAUUAGUACCAGGUUCUCUAUAACAGCCGCUCAUUGUACGGUUUUAUCAAAUCGCGGAGAAUAUAAUGUUAAAGACAAAGAGCCGAACAUUGUGAGAUUUGGUAAUACAGAUAUCAGUGAUGAUACCGACGCCACUGAUAUGAUUAUAAAAAAUAUUAUAAAUCAUGACAAAUAUGUCCUCCACGUGAAGUACUACGACAUAGCUCUCAUAGAGUUCACCGAGGACAUACAAUUCUCGGAAUAUAUUAGACCAGCUUGUAUUUGGCAUAAAUCAAUCGAUCUUACUGGAACAGCUGGUAAUGUCACGGGCUGGGGUCAAACAGAUGCAGAAUCUCCAAGUUCCACUACGUCGAUUUUGCAAUAUGCAGAAAUCGAUUUUAUAGGUCGCAAUCAAUGUAAACAUCUUUUAGAAAACCGCCUUUAUAGAUUAUGGCAGUACGGGCUCGUUGACAGUCAGUUUUGUGCUGGAAAGUUGGACGUCCGUGUAGACACAUGCUUGGGUGAUUCUGGUGGUCCUAUUCAAAUAUGGCGGUCGUUCCAGUAUGACGAAAAUGUUCUAGUGCACUAUGUCGUAGGAAUCACCAAUUUUGGCUUCGAUUGUGCAAAGCUCAAUUCACCGAGUAUUUAUGCAAACGUUACUUCAUACCUGUGCUGGAUUGAAAAUAAUGUUUGGCCGAACGAAACAAAUACGUAUUGCCCAUGAACAAAGCAUUUUAUUCAUGAUAUAAUUAAUUUAUAAAAAUAUAUUUCGUAUUGUGCAUUUGUAAUAAAUUAUUAUGGUUAUUACACAAUUUUUCAAUUAAAAUACACAAAGACUGUAUAAGCUAAGUAAAUAUGAUUUGAUUUUUCC